AUGUCGUCGUCAGCAGCAGCAGCAGCAGACGAGAGUUCGUCUUCUCGCCGUAGACGGCGUGGGUGGGAUGAUGAAGAGGGUGGAGCAGGAGAUAGCAGCAGCAGCAGCAGCAGCAGCAGUUUAAAUGCAUCUUCAUCAAGUGCAGCAGAAGAUAGCGGGGGUGCAGCAAGACGGCGUCGGGUAGGUGGUUGGACGGAUGAGCCAGCAGCAGGAGGAGCAGCAGGAGUGGGAAGCAGGAGCAGCGGUUUUUCAGACACAGGGAAUGUAUCUCUGUUUAGCAGCAGCAGCAGCAGCAGCAGCAUAGAUGGGGGUAAUAGAUGUGGCAAUGCUGCAGCAGCAGCAGCUGCAGCAGCAGCAGCAGCAGCAGCAGUCAAUGGUCCAAUUGGCCCCACAGGACCAACCAGUGGUCCUGAACCUGCAGACGGGAUUAACCCUUUCAACGGGAUGCAUGCAGGGAAAUGUAUUGCAUGCACGCAGCCAAGAAGAGUAGCAGCAAUAUCUGUUGCUCAAAGAGUAUCAGAAGAGUUAGAUGUUAAUUUAGGACAAGAGGUUGGGUAUACGAUUCGUUUUGAAGAUAGAAGCUGCAGCAGCACAAUAUUAAGAUAUUUAACGGAUGGUAUGCUAUUAAGAGAAGCAAUGACAGAUCCUUUAUUAGAAAGAUAUAGCGCUAUUCUUUUAGAUGAAGCACAUGAAAGAACUGUUGCAACUGAUUUAUUAUUUGGUCUUCUUAAAGAAGUCUCUGCAAGUAGGAAGGAUCUUAAAGUCGUUGUUAUGAGUGCUACACUUGAUGCUGAGAAGUUUCAGAAGUACUUCGAUGGGGCACCUAUUUUAAAUGUUCCGGGUCGUAUACACCCCGUUGAGAUCUUCUACACUCCGAAGCCUGAAAAAAAUUAUCUUGAAGCUUCUAUUCGAACUGCUCUACAGAUUCAUUUAGGAGAGCCUCCAGGAGAUUUAUUAGUUUUUUUAACAGGAGAAGAGGAAAUAGAACAAGCAAAGAAAGAUUUAGAGAAGGCAGCUCAAAGACAUGCAGAUGCAGGAGAAUUAGUUGUAAUACCGUUAUAUUCUUCUUUAUCUCCUGCACAACAACAAAAAAUAUUUGAGCCUGCACCUCCAGCGAGAUAUGCUGGAGGACCCCCCGGACGUAAAUGUGUAAUAUCAACAAAUAUAGCAGAAACAUCUUUAACAAUUGAUGGCAUUGUUUAUGUUGUAGACCCUGGAUUCAGCAAACAAAAAGUAUAUAACCCUCGUAGUAGAGUAGAAAGCUUGCUUGUCUCACCUAUUUCUAAAGCAUCUGCACAACAAAGAGCAGGAAGAGCUGGUCGAACAAGACCUGGGAAAUGUUUUCGUCUGUACACUGAAGCUGCCUUUCAAUCUGAACUCGUUGAUCAAACUUAUGCUGAAAUCUUGCGUUCGAAUUUGGCGAGUGUGGUGUUGACUUUGAAGAAGUUGGGGAUUGACGACUUGGUGCAUUUUGACUUCAUGGAUCCGCCAGCACCUGAAACACUUAUGCGCGCUUUAGAACAGCUGAAUUAUCUGGGUGCGUUGGACAACGAAGGAGAGCUGACGAGCGAAGGAGAGUCAAUGGCUGAGUUCCCUCUGGAUCCUCAAUUAGCGAAGUGUUUAGUGGAUUCAUCGAAGUAUAAUUGCAGCAAAGAAAUGCUGUCUAUAGCAGCAAUGUUAUCGCCUGAAUGGGUUCUCUAUCAUGAAUUUGUUUUAACUUCAAAGGCCUUCAUCAGGACUUCAAUGGGAGCAGCAGCAGCAACAGCAGCAGGAGAGCGGCAGCAGCGGCAGCAGCAGUUGGUGGUUGCCUCUUUGCUGCUGCUGCAGAAGGCCAUCUCCUGCUGCUGCAACAGCAUGCCGUAUGCUGCUGCUGCAGCAGUGGGAGCAGCAGCAGCAACCGCAGCAGCAGCAGCUGGUGGUGGUUGCCUCUUUGCUGCUGCCGCUGAAGACCAUCUCCUGCUGCUGCAGCAGCAUGCCGUAUGCUGCUGCUGCAGCAGUGGGAGCAGCAGCAGCAACAGCACACUAUCGCUGGCCUAUUACUACAACAUCAAACCAUCUGCUGCAGUAGCAGCAGUGGAAGCAGCAGCAGCAGCAACAGCAAAUCAUCUGCCGCUGCAGGUGAUGCUGCAGCACCAGCUGCUGCUGCGGCUCUUACAGGCUGCAGCAGAUGAACAGCAGCAGUACCAGACAAUUGCAGCAGCAGCAGCAACAACAACAACAACUGCAGCAACAGCAGCGAAAUACGCCGCAGCAAUACCCAAUGCAAUUAGCCUAGCGACGACGCUGCAGCAACAGCAGCAGCAGCAGCAGAGUAGCAGCAGCAGCAGCAGAGUAGCAGCAGCAGCAACACAAACCCCCCUGCAGCAGCAGUAUCAAAAGGAGAUGGACGCGGCUUCUUCUGCUUCUUUCUGGGCAUUCUCCGCCACCCCCGCUUCAGGGGGCCCCCACGGUUCUUACUCCUUUGCAGGGGGUGAGCGGGCAAUAAAAGAAUUAGGUGGCGGCGCUUCUUCUUCAUUUGUUUGGAUUUGCUUCCUCGCUGAUUUUGAUUCGGGGACAUCUCGGGUGUACGGACUCCCUGUUCGCUUAGCUGCUGCUGCUGCUACACCCAGCAGCAGCAGCAGCAGCAGCAACAGCAACAGCAGCAGCAGCAGCAAGAAUAAGACACUCAGGAUAUCUUUAGAUUUAUCUCUAAGCUCAAAGGAGCCUCUAUUUCGUCUCCCCCACAACCAAGUGGGAGUACUGUCUCUUCCUGCUGCUGCAGCACCAGCAGCAGCAGCAGCAGCAGCAAAUGCAGCAGCAGCAGCAGCAGCAGCAGGCACAGCUCCUCAUCCCUUCCUCCCUAUCCAAAGCCCAGCAGAUGCACCUCCCCUCCUAAACAGCGGCGCUUUGCUGCUUAUACACCCCGAUGAUUUAACUGAAACCCCUUCAGCAACAGCAGCAGCAGCAGCAGCAGCAGGGGAGCAGCAGCAGCAAAGCGCUUCUCUAGACAGCGAGUCUUUAGAAAGACCCGCAAAGAAACCGAAAAAGACUACGCCUGCUGCAGCAGCAGCAACAACAGCAGCAGGAACAACAGCAGCAGCAACAGCAGCAAAAGCGGAAGGCCACGACGAAGCAGCAGAGAGAACUGCAGCAGCAGCAGCAGCAGAAGCUGCAUCAGCAGCAGAGCCUGCUGCAGAAGAAACUGCGGCAGCAGCAGGAGAAGCAGCACCAGCAAAAGAAACUGCUGCAGCACCAACUGCUGCUGCUGCGCCAUCCUCACCCCCACCCCCAGCAGGAGCAGCAGCAACAGGAGCAGCAGCAACAGGAGCAGCAGCAGCAGCAGCAGCAGCAAAGAAGGUGGCUCUAACGCUAGAGGAGGAGCUGCAGCGGGAACGCCUACGAAGACGCACCACAGGAAUAACUGAGUAUAAGACAGAUAAAGCAGCAGACAGCCUGCUGCUCUCUAAUGCAAAAGGCAUUUGGGCUUGUGAGGCUCUGGCGGGGCUGCGGCCCUUGCUGCAGCAAACCCCACGGCCUGCGCUGCACUCAGCAACAGACUUAGCUGGAGCUGCUGCUGCUGCUGCAGCAGCAGCAGCAGAGCUGCCUAGACACUGGAGCAUCUCCGCGGAGGUGCUAGCCCUCCGCAAUCUCGCUGUGCAGAAGCCCUCUGCUGCUGCUGCUGCUGGAGGUGUAGAUACUGCUGGUGGAAUUAGCAGCAGCAGCGGCUCUUCCCCCGCUGCUGCAGCAGCAGCAGCAGCAGCAGCAGCAGCAAAUGAGGUGCGUAUACACCCCAGCGCUGCAGCAGCAGCUUCGGGGAAGGAAACAGCAAAGAAACUGCAGCAGAAAAAAGGCGUAAGCAGCAGUAACGGACCUCACCAUGCCAGCAGCAGCACCACCAAGACCAGCAGCAGCAGCAGCAGCAGCAGCAGCAGCAGCAGCAGCAGCAGGAAGCAAGGAGGCAUUCGCUGCCGCCUCACAGCUUCUCCCCCAGACUUCCGCAGUGGGGUUGCUGAAUAUGUCGCUCAGGAAGAAAUGAACAGAAUGGAAGGAUACUGGUGGUCGCCAGACAGUCGCUUCAUUGCUUUUGCUGAGUUUACUGAGGCCCACAUACCGCCAGUGCUGCUGCAGCGGGUGCUGCAGCCUCCACACAAGCCGCCGCAGCAGCAGGAGAAGCAGCAGCAGCAGCAGCAAGUGCAGCAGCGCCUGCUGCAGCAAGACAUGCAGCUUGCUGCUGCUGUAGCUGAAGACCUGGAGAACAGCACCGCUGCUGGAGGCCUUUCGGAGUUUCUACAGCAGCAGCAGCAGCAACAGCAGCAGCAGCAUGAGCAGGAAGGAAAGCAAGAGAAGCAAGAAAAGGAGCAGCAGCAGCAGCAGCAACAGCAGCAAAAGAAACGCCGCACGACAUCUGCUGCCAACGGCGUGGAGGUGGUUAACCCCAGACACUCCACAGCGGCCUCCAGCAGCAGCAGCAGCAGCAGCAGCAGCAGCAGCAGCAGCAGCAAGAGCUUCUUGGUUACCGAAGAGCACCGAUUCCCCUUCGCUGGCCAGCAGAAUGUCAGACUUCGUAUUGGCAUAGCGCAGGUACCUAGCGCAGCUUCUCUGCUGGCAGCAGCGGACUCCCCAGCAGCAAGCGGCCCAGCAGCAGCAGCAGCAACAGGGGCAGACGGCGUGCGGGAGGUCUCUUGCUGCACCCGCUGCCGCAGCGUAUGCAGCUGCAGCAGCAGCAGCAGCAGCAGCCCUGGGGCUCCCGGAAUGAAGAUGGCGUCCCCUUCUGCGCGGACCUCCAGAAACACCAGCAGCAGCAGCAUCAGCAGCAGCAGCAGCAGCAAGAGAGUGUGCAGCGGCGUAAGGUUUGUAAAGCUUCCUGUCUCUGAAUGGGGUGACGAGUUUUACUUAGCGAGGGCCCAGUGGAUUGAGCUGAGCUGCUGGCAGCAGCUCGAGGCUCUCCGGCUUCUAUCGCAUGAGGAAGUGCUGCUGCUGCAGCAGCAAAAGCAGCAGCAGCAUCAGCAGCAGCAGCAGCACAAACACCAGCAGCAGCACAAACACCAGCAGCACAAACACCAGCAGCAGCAGCAGCAAAAGCAGCAGCAGCAGCAGCAGCAGAAACCAAUACCACCACCACCUGUUUUGCUGCUGCAGCUGCAAGACCGAAUGCAGCAGGAGCUGCGCAUUUGUGCUGCGCUGCCCUUUGCUGUCCCUUCCCUCAAAUCCAGCAGCAACAGCAGCAGCAGCAGGAGCCGGACCAAGAGCAGCAGCAGCAGCAGCAGCACCUCUAGGAGCAAGCAGCAGAAGCAAGAGGAGGAGACGGAGCAGCAGCAGCAGCAGCAGCAGCAGGAAGAAGAGGAGCUGCGCUGUGUCUGCUGCUACACCGAAAAGAGAAACACUUGGGUGUCUGUACACUCCGAUCUUCAUCAGUUAGGCAAAACUCUGUUCUACACUUGGAGCAGCGAUAAGCAUUGCUAUAAUCAGCUAUUCCUACACCACUUAGCUCGGCCUGAUAUUUCUUUUCAGCUGCUGCCUGAGGGUGAGGGUUUGCGUCUUUGUUCGUUGCUAGCCCCUCCGCAAAACUACUCUUCUUUCUUUGCUGCCAGUCGCAAAGCAACAGCAGCAGCAGCUGCUGCUGCUGUUGCUGAUGCUGAUGCUGCUGCUGAUGCUGAUGGACCAGCAGCAGCAGAGGAGGGAACAGGUGCUGCUGAUGCUGCAGCACCAGCAGCAGCAGCAGCAGCUGGUGAUAAAGCAGCAGAAGACGAAGAAGAUUUUUAUUUCUACAUGCGAGUAAUACCCCAAAUACCAGAAGAAGUGCAGUGCAGCAGCAGCAACAGCAGCAGCAACAGCAGCAGCAACAGCAGCAGCAACAGCAGCAGGAAGUGCAACAAGAGCAGCUUGUUAGCUGGCAGCCUUUCUCCGGUGGUCCGCUACAUGCCAAACAUAAGAGAGAUGUUUGCUGCUGAUGCUCGCGGGGAGUGCUUAUACACCUCAAUCGACGAAGCAGAAAACAGCAGAUAUACUCUAGAGGCAGCAGCAGACUAUACGCUGCAGCAACUGCAGCAGCAGCAGCAGCAGCAGCAGCAGAUUCCAGAGUCUGUGGUGUUUGAGAGUCAGCAUCAGCAAACACUUUACUCUCGAGCUUUCGCUCAACUGCAGCAGCCUUCUUUCUUUUCUUUUAAGCAGGAGCAAAUUAAUAUUAUCGGCGCUCUCUAUAGCCCAGACCCUGCAGCCCACGGGCCCCCUCCUUACAAAGGGGUUGUCUCUACCUAUGGAGGCCCCUCUGUGCAAUUUGUCACAGACAGCUGGGAGCUCCGCAUAGACCCCAGGGCUCAGGCCCUUGCAAAACUAGGUUUGCUGGUGAUAAAGACCGACAAUCGGGGGUCUUCAGGGAGAACAACAGCGUUUGAGAAAAGCAUUUAUUUGCUGCUGGGUCAUAAAGAAGCAGCAGAUCAAGCAGCAGCAUGCCGCUACCUCAGCAGCAAGGGCUUAUUAAAGCUAACCAGCAGCAGCAGCAGCAGCAGCAACAGCAACAGCAGCAGCAGCAGCAGCGGGAGCUGUUGUGAGGAAGAGCAAGAGAUUAAAGAAGGUGUAGGAAUAUACGGGGUUAGUUAUGGGGGCUAUCUCAGCUGCAUGUCUUUGCUGCUGCACCCCGAUGUCUUCUCUGCUGCUGUUGCAGUGGCGCCUGUUACUUUCUGGGAGGUAAAUUAG